UGCGUGGGCGCGGUCUAUAGCACGCCAGGCGCGGGGCGGAUGUCCGGGCCGGCUGGGCCGGGGGCCGCGGACGAGAUGGCGGAAGGUGGAGGCUGCGGUGAGAGACCGGAUGCGGAGACUCAAAAGUCCGAGCUUGGAGCGUUAAUGAGGACCACUCUCCAACGCGGGGCGCAGUGGUAUCUUAUUGACAGCCGGUGGUUCAAGCAGUGGAAGAAGUAUGUGGGCUUUGACAGCUGGGACAUGUACAGUAUGGGUCAACAUAACGUAUUUCCUGGCCCAAUUGACAAUUCUGGGCUCUUUUCAGAUCCUGAGAGUCAGACCUUGAAAGAACACUUAAUUGAUGAAUUGGACUAUGUAUUGGUCCCCACCGAGGCCUGGAAUAAAUUACUAAACUGGUAUGGCUGUGUAGAAGGCCAGCAGCCCAUCGUCAGAACAGUUGUGGAGCAUGGCCUGUUUGUCAAGCACUGCAAAGUUGAGGUGUAUUUGCUGGAACUGAAGCUCUGUGAGAACAGUGACCCCACAAAUGUGCUGAGUUGCCAUUUCAGCAAGGCAGACACCAUUGCAACCAUCGAGAAAGAGAUGCGGAAGCUGUUCAACAUCCCUGCAGAGCGUGAAACGCGGCUCUGGAACAAAUACAUGAGCAACACCUAUGAGCAGCUGAGCAAGCUGGACAACACUGUCCAGGAUGCUGGUCUAUACCAGGGUCAGGUGCUAGUAAUUGAGCCUCAAAAUGAAGAUGGCACAUGGCCCAGGCAGACCUUGCAGUCAAUAUCAAGCACUGCACCUAGCAGAAAUUUUACUACCUCUCCAAAAUCAUCAGCAAGUCCCUAUUCCUCAGUGUCUGCCUCUCCCAUUGCAAAUGGUGAUAGCACUAGCACCUCUGGGAUGCACAGUUCCGGUGUCAGCAGGGGUGGAUCUGGCUUUUCUGCUUCGUAUAAUUGUCAGGAGUCACCGUCAUCUCAUAUACAACCUGGGCUCUGUGGACUCGGAAAUCUGGGAAACACCUGCUUCAUGAACUCCGCCUUGCAGUGUUUGAGCAACACGGCACCACUGACUGACUACUUUCUCAAAGAUGAGUAUGAAGCCGAAAUCAACAGAAUCAACCCCCUGGGGAUGAAAGGGGAAAUUGCAGAAGCCUACGCAGAGCUCAUUAAGCAGAUGUGGUCUGGAAGGGAUGCCCACGUGGCACCUCGCAUGUUCAAGACCCAAGUGGGACGUUUUGCUCCUCAGUUUUCUGGCUACCAGCAACAAGAUUCACAGGAGCUAUUAGCCUUUCUUCUAGAUGGACUGCAUGAAGAUCUGAACCGAGUAAAGAAGAAACCCUACCUGGAGCUGAAGGAUGCCAAUGGGCGGCCAGAUUCGGUGGUGGCAAAGGAAGCCUGGGAGAAUCACAGGUUGAGGAAUGAUUCUGUGAUUGUGGAUACUUUCCAUGGCCUCUUCAAAUCUACUUUGGUUUGCCCAGAAUGUUUUAAGGUUUCUGUGACCUUUGACCCAUUUUGCUAUCUAACACUCCCAUUGCCCUUGAAGAAAGAUCGAGUUAUGGAGGUUUUCCUAGUUCCUGCUGACCCUCACUGCAGACCUACCCAGUACCGCGUGACUGUGCCGCUGAUGGGGGCUGUGUCUGACCUGUGCGAGGCUCUCUCCAGGCUGUCUGGCAUUUCUGCAGAAAAUAUGGUGGUCACAGAUGUGUAUAAUCACCGAUUCCACAAAAUUUUCCAAAUGGAUGAAGGUUUAAACCAUAUCAUGCCUCGGGAUGACAUUUUCGUGUACGAGGUCUGCAGCACGUCCGUGGAUGGCUCAGAAUGUGUCACGCUUCCAGUCUACUUCAGGGAGAGGAAGUCCAGGCCAUCAAGCACCUCCUCUGGGGCAGCACUGUAUGGGCAGCCAUUGCUGCUUUCUGUCCCCAAGCAAAAGUUAACCCUUGAGUCUCUAUACCAGGCCGUUUGUGAUCGUAUCAGCCGCUAUGUGAAACAGCCUUUGCCUGACGAGUUUGGCAGCUCACCCUUGGAGCCAAGGGCCUACAGUGGCUCCAGGAACAGCUGUGAAGGAGAAGAUGAGGAAGAAAUGGAGCAUCAGGAAGAAGGCAACGAGCAGCUUUUAGAAACGGAAGGCAGUAGGGAAGAUGAUCUGGGAAAUGACCCCAGUGAGACCACCCAAAAGAAGAUCAAAGGCCAGCCCUGCCCAAAAAGGCUUUUUACCUUCAGUCUUGUGAACUCCUAUGGAACAGCUGACAUAAAUUCACUUGCAACUGAUGGAAAACUACUUAAACUCAACUCUCGAUCUACACUGGCCAUCGAUUGGGACAGUGAAACUCGGAGCCUUUACUAUGAUGAGCAAGAAUCUGAGGCCUAUGAAAAGCAUGUGAGCAUGUUACAGCUUCAGAAGAAGAAGAAGACCACAGUGGCCCUGAGAGACUGCAUCGAGCUCUUCACCACCAUGGAGACCCUUGGGGAGCAUGACCCCUGGUACUGUCCCAACUGUAAGAAGCAUCAACAGGCCACAAAGAAGUUUGACCUAUGGUCCUUGCCCAAGAUCCUGGUGGUCCACCUCAAACGUUUCUCCUACAACAGAUACUGGAGGGAUAAGCUCGACACAGUCGUAGAAUUUCCAGUCAGGUGGGUCAUGGUGACCACAUUGUUAGGAACAUUUAAAAACAGGCAAAAAAAUCUUGACAUGAUUGGCUGAGUGGUUUGCCACCAAAAACUUUUCUGAGUAAGGAUGUGUGUUGCUGGGCUCUAGGAGGUCAGAGUUUAGUUGUAGAUAUCCCUCCUGUCCCUAUCCUCCCGUCUUUGGAGAAGAGACUCUCCAGUGGAAGUAUUUGCUGAAACUCAGGCUGCUGCCAGUCAUUCCUGUCCCUUAUGCCACCUAACUGGCUUGUUUUUCCUGUCUAUUAUUUGUCACAGGGAGUCUCACAAUAGGGGACAAGGCAACCAAGAAUAGCCUGCCUGGGAGAGUUGGAUUCUUAUUGGGUGCUACAGGUGGGCUGCAGACCUGCCAUGGUCCUGUCCCUGGGAAAGGGGCUGGGACUGGCUGUCUAUUCUUAUCAUCUCAAGCCCCGGGGUAUAGAAUGUAGCUGAGAAUAGGAAAGUAAGUCAACAAGACAGGAGUUCCAGGCUGGGCUUGGUGGCUCAAGCC